AUGUCUUUUAACCUUCCUCCUUUCCUGGCGCGUCUCGUCCGUCCCUUUACGCAAUCCACUCGUCUCUCCAUCACCCCCGACCAAUCCGCCGCUUCAGUUAUUCCCGAGGGCGCCCAGCGCUGCACCGUUGCUGCCGGUUGUUUCUGGGGCACCGAGCAUCUCUAUCGCCGCCACUUCGCCGAUAAGGGCCUUAUUGACGCAAAGGUCGGCUAUAUUGGAGGCGAUCUCGACAACCCAUCCUACCGCGCCGUAUGCGGGGGCAGGACAGGCCACGCCGAGGCUGCACAGAUUAUCUUUGACCCCACCAAGGUCACAUACGCACAGCUCCUAGAAUUCUUCUACAAGACCCACGACCCUACAACGCUGAACCGCCAGGGUCCCGAUACUGGCCCCCAGUACCGUUCUGCCAUCUACUUCCACAACCCCGAGCAGGAGAAGGUUGCGCGCGAGGUGACAGAAAAGGCCAACAAGCAAUGGUGGAAGGGUGGUAUCGUCACAGAGGUUGCGCCCGCUGGCAAGUGGUGGACUGCUGAGGAGUAUCACCAGCUCUACCUUCACAACAACCCCUCUGGUUACGAGUGCCCAAGUCACUUUAUGCGACCGUUCCCCCCUUUGGAGUAA